AUGCCGCCUCAACCCAAGCACCAAGAAGACUCCGCCGAGGAUGUCAUCAUGGCAGUGGAUGAUGAAGUUACUGCGAAGGCAAAGAAUGAUAAGAGUCCAGAAGUCCCAUUGGUUCGCCUGGACCUCAAGAACAUUACCUAUGCUCCCAUCACUCGAUCCGCCACAAGCACUUCCAACAAGAAUGCGGAAUCAUCUCGUACAACCAUUCUCUCCAACAUUACGACAUCCAUCUCUCCGUAUCAGCUCUCGGCAUGGAUGGGGGCGAGUGGUUCUGGCAAGACCAGCCUGUUGAGCGUCGCCGCAAAUCUGUAUGAUGACCCCAAUGAUAUUACCAGCGGGGAAAUGAUCAUCAAUGAUGAUGCGGGAAUUGUGCCCAAACGAUUGGUUGGUGUCGUCUGGCAGGACGAUUUGCUCUUGUCCAACUUGACGGUGGAAGAAACCAUAUAUUUCUCGGCCCGUCUCAAAACUGGCUGUCAUGUACCCGACGAACAAGUGCGACAAAAUGUGCAAAAUGUCAUGGAAGAAUUGGGACUUUUGCAUGUGCGAAAUUCUCUGAUUGGAUCCAGUACCAGUGGACAGCGAGGGAUUUCGGGAGGGGAACGAAAGCGAGUGGCUGUGGCGAGCGAAUUGGUCGUUCGGCCGUCUCUAUUACUGCUGGAUGAACCAACGUCCGGAUUGGAUGCCACGACAGCCUGGAGUUUGAUUGUCACCCUGCGAGAUUUGGCUCGCCAGGGCGGUUUGGCUAUUGCAGUGGUCAUUCACCAGCCUAGAACAGAAAUUUUCAACAUGUUUGACCAUUUGCUGUUGCUCAACCAUGGCCAUAUGGUCUACGAUGGUCCUCCCAAGCAAUUGAGAAACUACCUGGAGAGCAUCCCCUCUGUAACACCCUUGCCGCCCGAAACUGGCAUUGCAGAUUGGCUCAUGGACACCAUCAAAGCCGAUGAUGAUGCAACUAGAGAUGACAAUGGCAACGAUGAUACGAUUUCUACAUUGGCGUCCCAUUGGUGUCAGCAUCAAAAGGUUCUGACACAGAAUGACAAUUCGCACCAACAACAGCAACAACAGCAGUCCACUGUGACAUUUGAUGCAUCCUCUAAACUCAGCAUCACAGGGGACCGCCCCCGCCUCAGCCGCCGCUUGAGUACCUUGAAAGAAUUGCAAAAGAGCCCCAAAUAUGUGAGCCCGUUUCGAAUGCAACUUAGGCUCCUCACACAGCGAACGGUCAAGCAAAUGCGAGGGGAAAGAUUGACCAGAACAACCGUCCUCUUGACGUUCGCUUACACCUUCUUUAGUGCUCUCUUUUGGUGGCGACUUCCAGACAACACUGCCUACGUCUUUCAACGGAAUUCCCUGCUCUUCUUCAUGUUGAUUGCACAAUCGAACGGUAUUGUUACUUCCAGCAUUUCCGUCUUUCAACGGGAACGAACAUUGCUACGCAGAGAGAGAAGCAAGAAGCUGUAUGGCGUGUUGCCUUUCUUCAUUGCCAAGACACUGUCUGACAUGACCAACAAUGUCCUCUUGCCAUGUCUCUACGGUGCCAUUUCGUACUAUGCUUGCGGAUUCCGACCUGCUUUUGAACACUUUGCCAAGUUUGUCCUCGUCUUUUAUUUGACCAUGUCGGCGGCGCAAUCCAUGGGAUUGUUCUUGAGUGUUCUCAUCCCCAGCAUGAGCAUUGCACUUAUCCUGGCACCACCCAUCACGCUGUUCUUUAUGAUCAUGGGGGGCUUUUAUAUCCCUUUGCAGAAUAUGAAUCCUGCGGUGCGGUGGUUGAGCUGGUUGAGUUUUGCUCAGUACGGCUACUCGGCCAUGCUGGUCAAUGAGUUUGGAGGAAGAGACAUUCCUUGUGCACACGAAGUGGGAGAUGAUCAAGUGUCCGUAUCCAUUGGUGAAACUGGGCAGUGUCCUCUCCCGGGAGAUGAAGUCCUGGCAAGUUUGGGAGUGGAAGGAGUGUCGACCUCUUACUGGUUCGGAGUGCUCGUUCUCCUCCUCUUGCAAAUUGCAUUUCGAGUGGCAUCCUAUGGUGUGCUGCGUCGCACCAACAAGUAG